UGGAAGGGGAGAGAGAGCUUCAAGAAAAAAAAGAUCCAGCAGCUAGUGAGAGGCAUGAUGACAUACCUGAAGGAGAGAUGCCUGUUGGUGGCUCAGGUGGAAUUUAUCCACUGCUGGAUCCUCAGUCAAAGAGUGAAGUAGGAACAGAAACUGAAAUGUCCAAGGUUGCUGAACCAGCUGUCACACUGCUGAUAAGAAAUCUGUUUGUGGCAGAUUUGACAAAUGGCAACAGAGGUGCAGGUGACUCAGUGGACCCUGGUGCAGUUGUGGAUGGAGAGAGGGAGCUUCAAGGUAAAAAAGGAAUCAUGGCAUGUGUCAAAGAUGACAACUACUGCAAACUGCAAAACAUGCCUGGACCCAACCUGGACGCAAUCACGAUCACUCGUUGUUAAGGUGAUGACUAUUUUAUUUCUCUGUCAACUAAUGGGAAUUUCCUGUUUCUGGAGAAACAGGGAAUUCACUUUUUUCCAAAGAUGUCUACAGCCCCUCUAUUUUUCUCAGUCCCCACCCCCUACCCUCUGAGGUCUCUUGUUUUGCACUGGUGUCCAUUUCUCUCAAGAUUUUAUCCUCACAUUAAACAAUCUAAUAAAGAUACAUGAAAUAGAGGGCUCUCUACAGUCUAAUCUUACCCUAAGAGGAAACACUAAGUCAUCCCAGUCCCUCCUCGUCCAUCAUGCAUUUUUUCAAGUUUGUGUUCGCAGAUUAACACUAGCUCAUUAGACCCUAAGAGAAAAAGAUCGACUGCCAGCAGCCUAUAUUAUAUCUACUGAGUAUAAUGAAAAAGUCAAACUGUUAGUAUCAGGAUGUACUAAAGGGAUUCGCUACUGUUUGCUAGCUGUUUUAGUGGUACACUGUAGUUGUAGUUCAAGUACUGAGGGACAAACAAGGCUGUGUUCUAAGAAAAAUUACAUGAGCCCAAAGGUUCCUAUCCAUGAAAUUCUGGGUGCCCAGCACUUAAGUUUAUGUGAAAAACGUAUGAUUUUCCAGUUGUCCAAAGGUGGAAGCUUCUGUCGCCUGUGGCACCCAGGCACUUCCAGAGCAUCGAGCCCUGACAAAUAACACUUAGU